UCUUUCUCUCGUUAUCAAUUCUUUGACCUUCUGAAGAAAUUUACGAUUGAACAGUUAGUAGUGCUGUAGCUUGAGCAGUGAGAACACCAUGAGCAAAGUAGAGAAUGGAGACGAACACGAUAAUUUCUACCACUGCGAAGAGAACGAAACGAAAGAAACGUGUAACAAGUGUGAAGUAGCCAAGUUUAGAUAUCCUGAUGGCACCGUUCGGCUCAGGAAUCCCCACAUUGAACUCAUGGACCAGGACAUUCUCUACCACCUGGCUCUAGGAAGCGGCUCACACGAUCUAGUCGAAAUGUUCGGCGACGUAAAAUUCGUCUGCAUGGGAGGGACUCCGAAACGCAUGGAGGCCUUCGCCUACUACAUAAUGAAAGAAAUCGGCCACAAGCUCCCGACAGGAACCACCUUGCAAGACAUCAGCCAAUAUUCAUACCGUUACAGUAUGUUCAAAGUCGGUCCUGUCUUGUCCGUUAGCCAUGGUAUGGGUAUCCCAUCCAUUGGAAUCCUACUCCACGAAAUAAUCAAACUGAUGUACCAUUCGAAAGCCCGUGAUCCGAUUUUUUUCCGAAUCGGCACUUGCGGAGGAAUCGGUCUCGAAGGUGGUACUGUGGUAAUUUCCGACGACGCUGUAGAUGAAAUGGGAAACCAUUAUUAUCAAGUGCCAAUGUUAGGAAAACCAGUUCGAAGACCAGCAAAGUUAGACAAACGUUUAGUUCGGGAAUUGAAGGGUUUAGCCGAUCCUGAGGACCCGUACGAUACUAUUAUUGGAACCACGAUGUGUGCCAACGAUUUCUACGAAGGGCAGGGACGCACUGAUGGGGCUUUUUGCGACUACACUGAGUCCGAAAAAAUGGAAUACUUGACGGGGUUGCAAAGCAACGGGGUGAAAAAUAUCGAGAUGGAGGUUAUACCCUUUGCUGCGUUGACCCAUCAUGCUGGGAUAAGGGCAGCCGUGGUGUGUGUUGCUUUGCUGGAUCGGUUGAAGGGGGACCAGGUUUGUGCCCCUAAAGAAGUGCUGGAUGAGUGGCAGAUCAGACCUCAGAAGCUAGUUGCGCGGUAUAUUCGCCGGUACUUGCAAACCAAAGGGAGGAUUUCGUUCGAUGGCCAUGGUUCCAUGGCUGUUAAAAGUCCGCGACGUUUCAAACUAGUCCAGCAAGAGUCUGAGACUUUUGAUUAAAUUAAUUGCACAAGUUGCUUCGUUAUAGUUUCAAUUUAAUUUAUUAUCGAGUUAUCGGCAAGUCUAAGUGUGUGAUGAUGGUGAUUUUUUAUUAAUAAGAAAAGAAAAUAGUGUAGGGGUAUAGGAGUUGAUGGGUGGUCGUUGCACAAUCCUGUACUGUUACAUUAUCUAGUUCUAGGGAACAUUAUUGUUGUUCGUAUUUGUAAAAAAUGAGUUGUAAAAGCACAGACUAUACUUCUAUUAUCAAAACUAAUUCUGGAUUAUGGUGGUCGGAAAUUCUAUUCAUCCUAAACAUAUCAGAGCAUAAGACUCGUGACAUUUUUUUGCGAAACUUCCAACACACAAUUUGACCAGAAAAUACCAUUAAGCGGCUUUGCAUUUAAAUGUUUCAACAGUUGGUAGUCAUUAAUAAAGCAUGGUGUUUUAAUGUUGUGACGUUGUAGCUAUAUACUGGACAAUACAUUUGUUACAAUUUACACAUUUUAUGGUAGACAACGACGUAGUCAUGUGAUUCAAAUCUGCCUAAUUUGUUGGUUACAUCGUUAUUGUUGAAUUUGCUCACAGUUAUAGGGGUUGUUCGUAUUGAAAUUUUAUAUAAGCAUUAGGAAAUACAGCAUCCUGUACAGGCUUCUUUUCUCAACACCGACUCGGAAAAUCUAGACUCUUUCUUUCUAUUCCAUUAUUGUUGAUCGAUGUUCAUCCUAGAGUAGUCUGUUUUAUGUCGCCUAUAAACAAUAAAUAUUUGCCAGUUA